AUGACCGACAGAUCGCAACAACGCAACGCUUCGCAAUACAGAUACAAGCGACAAGCUGCUGCAGCGCCCGGCCUCCAAUUUACGCGCUGCUGCGCCGCAUCAACCAAUCCCAUCAUCUUGUUCCACGACUCUAGUCCCACUCUGGAAAAGAGGUGCAAUAUGUGA